UUUACUUUUUGUGCAUUUCAAAACCGGUAACGGAAUUCAAAAAAUAGAAAAUCGUGUUUUUGUUUCAGUUAAGUUUAAUUUAAAAUAUGGAAAAUAUUUUAAAGCUGGUUCAAGAGAGUUAUCCCAAAUUCUUCGUGCAGAAACAAAAAAGUCCUAGCUAUGUUCAAAUGUAUACUAAAAACAACAAUGAUAUUGCGAUCGUUUAUUUCAAGAACAAGCAAACCUUUACCAGUAUUGGAAAUAAUCCUCAAAAGAACAGUGAAGUUAUAGAUGAACUAGACUUGACUGGUUCCCCUCUCAAGCUGGAUUUGAGUCUUCACACAAUUCUGGAUGAUACUCUCCUGACAGAUGAACCCCAACUGUGGGCAAAGGAGGAAGCAUUGCAUUAUCCUCUUAGUAUUGAAAAAGCUAGGGAAAUAGCAAAUCUAUACAACAGCUGUCUAACUCAGUGUACCAAGGAGGAUUCCUUACCAAUGUGGAUUCUCACAAACCCUUCCGAAGAAGGCCAUCCUCUGCUUCUUACAAUGCAGUCAGAUUCCCAUCACUUUGCCAGAGGUAUUGUGGUGUAUGAUGGAGCUUUGCCUUUGGAAGAUGUGGAGUUUUCCAGUUUGAUUGAUGCAUACACUCUGCAAGAAAAAAUAUCUGCAGAUAUGAUAAAAAUAUCCUUAGACUGCAAGUACCUCAUCUCCGGAAUCUCAUACGGUUCCCACAACACCGAUGAGCUGUUAAACGCUCCGCACAGCGGGCUCACAGAACUCCGCUGUGAAUGGUCCGGGAAGGUGCUUAAGACACCUUUUAUUAGCUGCAAAGUAUACUUUGAACAAGAAGUAAUAAUAGGACAUCUAGCCAGUCCCUGUAAUGCAAUCUGGAAGUCUGUCUGUUCGUUGCACAGUAUGAACCAGCUAUUAGUGGACAUGACGGCUGCAGGAUACAGCUCUGUUAACCUAGAAACAGCCACCAUUAGGCAUAUGGUCCCAGGAUCGAAACGCCUGGACAAUACCAAGCGUCUCAACGACCUUCUCAAUGAGACUGAGAUAUACGCUUACACCGCAGAGUUCCCUCCUGGAGGUUGUAUUUGUAUCAGUGAGGACACGACCUCUUUGAAGCAGUGUAUGGCAGCCAUGCAAGCGAGGGGUUCAAGCAAUGACUUCACUUACCGCUUGUGGGAUGUGCUUAGAGAUUGUGAAACAGCUGAAGAACUUAUUACAUUGCUAAUACAAGCACUCAAAUUCAUAUCUUCUGGAAAGAUUCGACCAUUCAUCGACGCAAACAACAAGACGUACCUCUCAAAGUUGGUUCUCAAACUGUCCCGCGGGCACUCCCAAGCGGCCAAAGUGUUAAAGAACCUCCGCACUAGCCCGCCGCAAGCACUGUCUUUAGUGGCACAAGUGGGGUUUGAGAAGACCAUGUGGGAAUAUACCAGGGUUAUGUCGCUGUUAGAGCAUUCCUUUUUCAUUGCUGGGAUCUGGACCAGCGAAUCUAGAUCGCACGAGUCAAUUGAGCAGAUAAACCAGACGAUCCAAGACAUGACGAUGGGCGGCGAGUUCACUCUUAACCCGUUCGACGCCCUGUCGCACGGCGAGCAGUCCAUCCGGCUGGAGUGCGAGUCGUUCUGCGUGGAGGACGCCGCCGAGCUCACUGUCGACGACUUCGCCUCGCUGAAGAAGCACGGGCUGGCUGCCGAGAGGAAGGACAGUAAUGAGGUGCCGCUGAUAGCCGACGAGAUCGACAUAAGUCCGUGGAAGAAUCUACUGAUGAAGUUUGCUCAAGUCCAUGCCUGCUUGGAGCAUUUGUAUCGAGCGGAGACUUGCUUGAGAGCUGAUAUUGCCGGCCUGAAGCCCAUAGCGACGCGUCUCUUAGAACACUACGUGUCGGACAAGUCUCCAGUCCGAAGCGUGGGUCAGCUGAUGAGCGACCCCCUACAGAGGAUAGCGAUGCCCAUAGCCAACAACUUGGUGCAGGAUCACUUGAAGAAAAAUGCGUUCUGGUAUCGAGCAGAACUGACCAAAAAAGAAAAAGAUGCGGGCGUGAAACGUGAUUCCAAAAUGGUCUAUGUUUUCUCUCAGCAACCAGUCUUCCCUCCACCUGUCUGGCAAAACCUAGAACCGUCCGUCGAAGAUGCAGCAGAAGUCACGACAGUGGGAGAAGACUUGAAAUACCACAUCACUAAAUACACAUAUCUAAGCAACGAAGUAGUAGCGAAAAUAGACCUUAAGUGUACGUAAUAGAUUAUAGGAAGAGCAAGUGCCAUUUUAUGUAAAUAUACUUUGUAUUUUU